GGAAAAGAAAACAAAAUGGUAUUUAAAAACAACUCAAGAUUUUCUUCUUCACUGAUAGGACCCAGCCCCCUGAAGACCCAUGACAUUUGCAGUGCUGUGGAAUAAAUGCAGUAGGUACUAGAUUUGAAUACAAGACAGUUAUCUGCUAGCUCUUUAGGGAGGUUGCCCCAGUAGAAAUUCCAGCAGUAUUCACUGAGAUAUUAAACAACCACACACUGAGCUAUUACAGAAUCUACACAAUAAACUCAUUCCUCAGAAGCUAAUUCCGGGGGGAAAGUUCAAAAGCCUGCCUACCUGUUGCACUUCGCGUCCUCGUGACUCCUAUAAGUGCAGUGGCUGGGUUGCUUUUUUGCGUGUUUUCACCACCUGCAAGUCUUUACAUUAGCGACUUCCACGGACCUUGGAUAUGGAGGAAGUUCUCAACAGCACUAUCCAUCCGACCUGUUUACAAGAACCCCCGCUGGCUAUCGAUAUCAUAAAACAACUCGAUGUGCUUGGUGUGGCUGUGUACUCCGUUUUGACCCUGAUGGCCACCCUAUCUCUGCUGCUGUACCUGGAGGAGUGUGUGUUUGUCUAUAGAAAUGUCCCAUCUCCCAAGAAGACAACCAUUAUGUGGGUCAGUGGGGCUGCACCGGUCAUUGCAACCAUGGCUUGUUUUGGGAUGUGGAUCCCAAGGGCUGCAAUGUUUACAGAUAUGACUUCUAAUUCGUACUUUGCAGUGGUGGUGUAUAAAGUCUUGAUUCUGCUGAUAGAGGAGAGCGGGGGAAGUGAGGCUUUCCUGAAACGCAACUCCAAUAAAACUUUCAAAAUCACUACCGGACCAUGUUGCUGCUGCUGUCUCUGCCUGCCCCGCGUUCCAGUUACACGGCGCUUGCUAUUCCUUCUGAAGCUGGGAGCUCUUCAGUAUGCUAUCUUAAAGACAGUCCUCUCAAUUCUCUCCAUUAUAUUGUGGACCAAUGGCAACUUUGAUCUUUCUGAUCUGGAGAUCACAGGCACGGCUAUUUGGAUCAACCCAUUCAUAGGAGUUCUCACCAUCAUCUCGCUUUGGCCUGUGGGCAUUGUGUUCAUGAACAUCAACAGCACCCUGAAAAGUGUUAGGAUCAUACCCAAGUAUGCCAUGUACCAACUGGUGCUGGUGCUCAGUCAGUUGCAGACGUCAGUCAUUAACAUCCUGGCUCUAGAUGGGACCAUCGCCUGCUCCCCACCCUUAUCCUCCAUUGCCAAUGGCACCAUGAUCAGUCAGCAGCUAAUGAUUGUGGAGAUGUUCAUCAUAAGCCUGGUGAACUGGUCUUUGUACCAUCGCAUCUAUGACCCGCUGCCCGUUGACCACAAUGAGAUCGACAAUGACCUGAACUCCAAGGCUAUCCUGCAGGCGCCACUGGAGGAACACAGUGCCUGAGAGAGGGAAAGAGACUAGUGUGUGUGUCCUCAGAAGUAUAAUUAAACAUUGAAAGUUUUACAAAGGGAGGACAUUUAGCAGUGCAUUACAAAGGGAAAAGGCAAUUUUAGGCUAAAGUAUUAGGGCUAGGGAUAGGGUUUAAUUUUAGGUUAAGAUUUGAGUUCGGAUUUGGGUUUUGGGGAUUUGGGUUUAAUAAGUUACAUUUUAUUUAUUGUCUCCCAAGUACACAUUUGUUGAAAAUGUAGCUUUUGUUUAUAUAAAGACUAAAAUCGAUUGAAAUCAUGUCAGACCAUUUUCUACUUUAAUAAGAUCUUGUAACUAACAACAUUUUAGUAAAAAACUAAAGGAUUAAUUAUUUGACAAAAUAACUGUCCAUACCAUGUUUGCAUAAGUGUGGACACUAAUACUUUGGCUUCUUACCUUUUGUUUGAAUUACAGUGGUUAACACAACUGGAGUUUGCAAUUUUAUGUUACUCUUCUUUGCAGAAGAGUUAAAGUAAAAGAGUUCAGUAAAAAUGCGAGGGGAUUUCCUAUGCAUAGCCUAAAGGUCAGUCCACAGACUUUUGUUAAAAUUGAGGUCUUGGUUCUGACUGGGUAAUCUACCUUUUUGCAGUGGGCUUGGGAUUGUUGUCAAGGAGAAUUUCUUUAACAUCAGACUUCUAUCAAAUGUCAGCUACGUUUGUGCCAAAAUAUUUGGAUGUAUACGUUACUUUUCUAUCCUGACUCUAACCCCUGUCCCCAUUGAAGAGAACUGAAGAGAAGUGGACCCAUAGCAUGAUGCUGAUACCACCAUACUUGACAGUAUUUACUGACUAUGUGCUCAUGAGCUAUUUUUGCUUUGCGUCAAACAUUUUUGGAAAUAGUGGCAAAAACUU